GACGAUCCGUCAGUUCAUACUUCGACUCCCAAGGGUCCAAACUAACCCACCGCCUCACAGAUACUACGGCCUGAAUGACUUCAAUCAGCGCUGGAUAUGUAACAACAAUUGGACAUAUUCGAGUCAUCCCCUGCAUGAUUUAUCCACAAAAGCGAAGUCAUCCUGGCUUGUCUUCAACGGCCUGGACACUUUUACAACGAUUGAGUUCUGCGGACAAAUCGUCGGUACGACCGAUAAUCAAUUUCGCCAAUACACGUUCGAUAUUUCCGAAGCUCUCAAAAGUUGCAAAGGGGAUCCGACUUUGGACUUGAACUUCGGCAGCGCCCCUAAGAUCGCGAAUGCAAUUGCCAGCGACCCAAACUCUGAAAAAUGGCCGUACGGUCCACAGCAGAUCUACGAAUUUCCAAACCGAUGGUACAUUCGCAAAGAACAGUCCGAUUUUGGAUGGGACUGGGGCCCCGCUUUUGCUCCUGCCGGCCCAUGGAGAGAUGCAUACCUAGUGCAAUUUGAGAGUGAGGAAAGCAUCUACGUUCUGAACACUGAUUUAGAUAUCUUCCGCAAGGGACAAAUCAAUCAUCUCCCUCCCUCCCAAAUACAGCCAUGGGUGUUGAACGCGAGUAUUGAUUUCCUCGGGUCGCUUCCGAAAGAGUUGACGAUGGCCCUUGAGAUCACAGACGUCGAAUCCGGAAAGAUUCUGAAAUCAGGUCCACUUGAAAAUGUUUCGGUUUCCGGCCGAGCAAUCUCAGGUAGCAUCACUAUCGAUGCUGAUGCGCCAAAGUUGUGGUGGCCAAGUGGUCUGGGCAAGCAGAACCUGUAUUACGCGACAAUCUCUAUCCGGGACAGCAAACAGAAGUCAAUGGCAGAGGUUACCAAGCGUACUGGAUUCAGGACUAUAUUCCUCAACCGACUCAACAUUACCGAUGACCAGAUUGCUCAGGGUAUUGCACCGGGUGCAAAUUGGCAUUUCGAAGUCAACGGGCAAGAAUUCUACGCAAAGGGAUCGAACUUAAUCCCUCCAGAUGCAUUCUGGCCGCGAGUCACCGAAGAAAGGAUGCAAAGACUGUUCAGUGCGGUUAUCGCCGGAAAUCAAAACAUGCUACGAGUGUGGGCCUCUGGUGCUUACCUGCCUGACUUCAUCUAUGAUAUUGCUGAUGAGCAAGGAGUUCUUCUCUGGAGCGAAUUUCAAUUCAGUGAUGCGCUCUACCCAUCUGAUGAUAAAUUCCUCGAAGACGUUGCCGCGGAGGUCACGUAUAACGUUAGAAGGCUUAACCACCAUCCAUCGUUGGCCCUCUGGGCAGGUGGCAAUGAACUUGAAAGUCUGGAGCUGCCUAUCGUCCAGGGAGCAGCGCCUGAUAAAUACUCAUUCUACGUUGGUGAGUAUGAGAAACUCUUUAUCAGCUUGAUACUGCCUCUCGUUUAUGAGAACUCCCGCUCGAUCUCGUACAUGCCCAGUAGCACAAAUAAUGGCUUCCUCUCCGUCAAUCUGUCUGCCCCGGUUCCGAUGGCUGAACGCUACGACAAUACAACAGCCGGUCAUUACUACUCAGACACCGAUCACUACAACUAUGAUAGUAGUGUUGCGUUUGAUUUUGGCAGUUAUCCGGUUGGACGAUUCGCCAAUGAAUUUGGCUACCACAGCAUGCCAAGUCUGCAGACCUGGCAACAGGCCGUGGACCCGGAAGACCUUCAUUUCAACAGCAGCACAGUUGUUCUUCGCAACCAUCAUUAUCCUCCAGGAACUACCGACACUCAUAACCUCAGAAACUCCUCGAAAGGUAUGGGUGAGAUGACAAUGGCCGUUGAACGCUACUAUCCGGUUCCUCACAAGAAAGACCCCGUUGAACAAUUCAGCGCCUGGUGUCAUGCAACUCAGCUGUUCCAAGCCGACAUGUAUAAAUCUGAGAUAAUUUUCUAUCGGCGAGGGAGUGGCAUGCCUGAGCGUCAGCUUGGCUCUCUCUACUGGCAAUUGGAGGAUAUCUGGCAGGCGCCUACUUGGGCGGGUAUUGAGUAUGAUGGACGUUGGAAGGUUCUCCACUACGUGGCCCGCAAUAUCUACCAGCCCGUCAUUGUUUCUCCUUUCUGGAACUACACUAGCGGAGAUUUGUCCGUCUACGUGACAUCCGAUCUAUGGGAAACUGCCCUUGGCACUGUGAACCUCACCUGGGUUGAUUUGUCUGGAAAGCCGAUCCCAGGCAAUGCUGGCACACCCAAGAGCAUGCAGUUCACUGUUGGCGGACUCAACACCACCAAGAUCUAUGAGGCAAACACAGCAAAGCUGUCUAUCCCUGAUAAAACAGAUGCAGUCCUUAUGCUAUCUCUGACUGCUCGUGGUCGCAUGCCCAACUCAGAUUCUGUUUCCACCUUCGUCCAUCACGAAAAGGCCACUACCGUAUUCCCAAAGGAGCUCUCCCUUGUGGAUCCAAAGCUUCAACUUUCUCAUGAUUCGUCAAAUAACACGUAUACUGUGGAGGCCAAAGGAGGCGUCUCAUUCUACACCUGGCUAGACUAUCCUGCUGGCGUUGUCGGGUACUUUGACGAUAAUGCCUUUACCCUGGUUCCAGGGGAGAAGAAAACGGUUCGCUUCACUGUCCAGAAAGAUGAAACCGAUGGGAAGUGGGCUCAAGGUGUCACCGUCCAAAGCUUGUGGGAUCAAACCACAGAUUGA